UGUCGUUCAAAACACGCUUUUAUCUACACGCAGACGCUUAUAUCAGGACUGAGUUACUGUCCUUAUUUUGCUGAACGCCAUUUGUACAGACGUAAACACGCAUGUUUACGGUAAAAUUUUGUGGAUUUAAUUUUAGAGCAACCCUGCAUACGAGACGCUGCCACUGAAGAUGAGGAUACAUAUUUUAAAAAGAUGUUUCAAAGUUGAUCCAUUUCACCGAAAGCGCAGGUCAUUAAGUAGUCACUACUCAAAACAGCUUACCAGGCUGUUCAACACUGAACCGAAUGGUGUUCUCAAACUCUCAGAGGAAGUAGAAUCCGCACUGCAUGCUGGAAGACCAUUGGUUGCCCUGGAGACGACAAUAAUCACUCACGGGAUGCCAUAUCCAGACAAUAUAAGUACUGCUACUGAAGUAGAGAAUAUAGUCAGGGACGGUGGGGCAGUUCCGGCAACCAUAGGAAUACUCAACGGCAGAAUCCAUAUUGGUUUGAGCAAGCAACAGCUAGAAUUUCUCGCUGACCCGAACACUACAGCAGUAAAAACCUCCAGACGAGAUUUGCCCUUUGUUAUUUCGCAGGGUUUACAUGGAGGGACAACAGUAUCAGGGACCAUGGUGGCUGCUCACAUGGCAGGGAUCCAGAUAUUUGUCACAGGAGGGAUUGGUGGGGUACACCGUGGGGCAGAGUCAAGUAUGGAUAUCAGUGCAGACUUGACAGAACUGGCUAGGACUCCAGUAACUGUUAUUUCAGCAGGAAUCAAAUCUAUUUUAGAUAUUGGACGGACGCUUGAAUACUUGGAAACAGAGGGGGUGAACGUGUCAGCCUUUGGUAGAACUACAAAGGAAUUUCCGGCUUUCUUUACACGGAAAAGUGGCUAUAAGGCUCCAUAUACUUGUGAAACAGCUCGCCAAGCCGCUGAAAUGAUCUACGCACGAGAACGCAUGGGUUUGCAGACUGGCUCUUUGGUUGCUGUUCCUAUACCUGAAGAGUUCGACAACAUUGGACAAGAAAUAGAAACUGUAAUACAGUCUGUUGUCAAAGAAGCUUCAAAGAAAAAUAUUCAGGGAAAAGAGAUAACUCCGUAUAUCCUACAAAGAGUAAAUGAUUUAACUCAAGGGAAGUCGUUGAAAGCUAAUAUUGAGUUGAUCAAGAACAACACAACUGUAGGUGCUAAGAUAGCAGUCGAACUGAAGAACGUCCAGAAUCUAGACAAAAAUACCAACAACUCAGCAAAUAAAAGCAGAUCUGGAUCUCAAAGUACAACGGUUGGACGAACGAAACAAAGUUCUUCAUCACCAGGGAUCAAAAAUGUGUGUGUUGUUGGGGGAUCAAUUGUUGAUUUCACUGCCAGAAUGUCAACGGCGGAUUUCAAGAUGAAUGGAGGAACAUACCCGGGCACGGUGAAGCAAUCCUUUGGCGGUGUAGGGAGGAAUAUUGCCGACGGACUGUCGAGACUUGAUGUUGAUACACUGUUCAUCUCAGCUAUAGGGAAUGAUUCCCAUAGAACAGCAUUUGAAGCGCAUUGUAAACAUAUGAAUCUAGACGCUGUGGCGAGAUUAGAUGACCAGAGCACAGCAACUUAUUGUGCCAUGUUGAAACAAAAUGGUGAACUGAUGUUUGGAAUAGGCGAUAUGGACAUACAUCAACAAAUUACUCCACAAUAUAUCUCCAACUUCGAGGAGAACUUAAGUACAUCAUCUUUAGUGUGUAUAGAUGGAAAUCUAUCAGUAGAGGCCAUUGAAUAUGUGUGCUUGUUGUGUGCUCGCAGUGGAAUACCAGUAUUAUUCGAUCCGGCUGACGUUCAUAAAGCUACAAAGCCAUUCCUGAUUUCUCAAGAACAGCCUGUUACUUACGCAUCUCCAAACUUUAAUGAACUGAAAAUGAUGGCAUCAUAUCUAUCCUCACAGGAAAUGCAUAUAACAGGUGUUGUAGACGAUCUUGACCUUGACACAGCUAUACACGAAUGUACCACACUUCUGCAAACUGUCUCCACACACGUUUCUGUCAUAUUAGUUACACUUGGAAAGCAUGGAGUGGUUUUAUGUCGACGUGGAGACAGGAAUGACAAACUUCCUCUGAAAGGAGAUCCUGUUCAGAUGAAAGGAGGUGUUGUAAUGGAUCAUUAUCCAGCUACAGCAGGAAACAAACCGCCAAGUCAGAUUGUCAGUGUAUCUGGUGCCGGGGACUGCAUGAUUGCAGCAUUUAUUGCUCAGUUACUGCAGGGACAGGAAACAUCUCAGUGUGUUAAGGCGGGUCUCCUUGCGGGUCAGAUAUCUCUACAGUCCAGCCAGGCCGUGCCUUCUAACCUUACGCCACACGCCGUGUCAGGACAAGCCGUUCAGCAACAAAUGGAUGUUACACCGCGGGAGAUAACUUUCAGUUAGUUAUGGAAUCAAAGUUUAAUUCCUAAAGCACAGUCCAUUGAUCGACUUUGAUUAUAUAACUAUUAAUUAUAUACAUUCAGCUGAAAUAAAAGUUUAAAUUUC